UGACAGCGAAGCGCAGACUGGAGUCAAACUCUGCUGUCGGUGCUGAAGAGGAGGAGACAUCCCGCGGGGCUCUGGUUCCAGUAUCAGAUCCAGCAUUUAUUCUGGUUUCUUAUUUGGGRUUUUAUUAUAUCUGUUCCUUCACGUUCGCUUCUGUGACAACUGCGCGUCCAGUUUAUUUUUUUAUUUUUGGGUGUGGAAAACAUCCCGACUGUCUCACUGGGAUCAGCCUGAGCGCGUACCGUGUCCUCUCUCCGGGCUGUGACUGGUUAGGUUCCCUCUCAGACCAGAUGUUCCGGGGACCUGGACUCACACAGCUGCAGCUGCAGAUGCGCUCUGACCGGAUCCCGGCCCUCGGCUCAUGUAGUGCUGGGCAGGAGGCUGAAGUUGAAGUCGCGCACCUGAGGGCGUGAGCUCCAAAUGCAUUCGCRCCUCCUGAGCCGGGAAAAGAAAGAAGAAGCAGAAGAAGAAGAAYACGGGUUCGGGAUCGAUCUUCUCGGUCUGUCUCCGGGCUUUCUGCCCCAGGCUGCCAUCACCAUGUUCAGCUGUGUGGGCUGCUUCUGGGUGCUCCUGUCCUCCGUGCUGGUCGCCGUCUGCAGUUUCAGCUUCAUAUCCCCUGCCUGGAUUGUGAAGGACCAGCUGAGGACCAGCCAGCAGCAGCAUCARCACCAUCAUCAUCCUCACACCGACAGCAAGGACUCGGUCAGCUUCGGCUUGCUGUGGCACUGCUCGGAGUCUCUGGAUCACAUGUACCGGUGCUACACCUUCGGGGGUCUGGGCAAAUUUGCUGAGAUCCCUUCCAGUUCCUGGCAGACCAGCGCGGUGCUGUGUUCGGGAGGCUGCGCCCUGCUGGCCGUCAGCUCCCUGUUGGCCAUCAUCACCAUCUUCCUGCCUGGUGGAGGAUGUGAGAGGAGGAUCUGCACCCUGGCGGGAUACAUGCAGAUGGCGUCAGCAGGCCUGCUCAGAUAAAACGAAGAAAAAAAAUAAAAAAGCAGUAAUCCAGGACAUGUUUGAGCUUUCAAGCYUCGACAGCAAAGGCACAGAGAGCAGCCGAGGGAAUAUUUUCUCACAAAUGCAUCGGUGGCAGCAGGACAUCAGGGAGCUGACUGUACACUCAGGGUUAGAUCAGCAGCAAAGGUAGGUUCAUGUUUUUAUUGUGUUUGACUGAAUUAUGCCAAACCACACAACAUAUAAAUAAAAAAUGCCUCUCACAAGUGCCAUUUUGGGGUUUGUAGGAUUGUCUUUUUGUUAGAACUUUGUGAUGGAAAUUAUUUA